AUGCACCUCUCAGAAAUCCUCGCCUUCAGAAAGGCCAUGUGGGAAAAAGUAGCAGGUCGCUUGCACACAGUGCAGAAAAUCUUUCCUUUUGGAAAAGAUUCAAAGGAGGUGAUGUUGUUUGGGAAGGUGGCUUAUGUUUUGAAAGAUGGGAAGAAGGCUGAUGUUGAAUGGGCUGGACGUGCAGAGUUGGUUCAAGAGGGUGGGAAGUGGAAGUUGGCGUUCUAUCAGGUUUUUAUGGUGAGUGGAUUCUUAGUGGUGGUGAAGAGAGGGGCGCCCUCUGAGGGUGGCUUGGGAGAAGGAGAGUACUUGAUCUGGUAUGAGUGA